CUAGGAUUCUACGCCUCGCGCUGCUGCCGGACUGCGCGGACUUGCAAGUUUAGUUUUGCUUCGAAGUGUCGGUGGAGGAAAGGAGACGGGGGAGCCGAGCAGCGGUUUGCAAGCGAGGCUUUUCCUCCUUCCCGGUCCGGGGAAGGAGCCCGCGCCGUUGGCCCCGCUCAGUAACGCUCACCGGCAGCCCCCCCGCUCCCCCUGGGUUGACUGAAGAAGCCUUUGCGUCGUGACUGUGGGAUUUUUUCUCUCCCCCCCACCCCCGCGGUGUCGCCUGGGAAGAUGUUACUCUCCAAGUUUGGGUCCCUGGCUCAUCUUUGCAACCCCACCAGCAUGGAUCACUUGCCGGUGAAGAUCCUCCAGCCAGUGAAAGUGGAAAAGGAGCCAUUCGAUAAAAUCUAUCAAGUGGGCUCAGUCUUGGGCAGUGGGGGAUUUGGCACCGUCUAUGCCGGGAACAGGAUUGCAGAUGGCUUGCCGGUGGCUGUGAAGCACGUCGUGAAGGAGCGAGUGACCGAGUGGGGCACAAUUGGUGGAGUAAUGGUGCCCUUGGAAAUAGUCCUGUUGAAGAAAGUGGGUUCAGGCUUCCGGGGUGUAAUCAAGCUGCUCGACUGGUACGAGAGGCCCGAUGGCUACCUGAUCAUCAUGGAACGGCCAGACCUGGUGAAAGAUCUCUUUGACUUCAUUACGGAGAAGGGGGCAUUGGAUGAGGACACCGCACGGGGCUUCUUUCAUCAAGUCCUGGAAGCAGUGCGCCACUGCUACAGCUGCGGGGUGGUACACAGAGACAUCAAGGAUGAGAAUCUUCUGGUGGAUCUCAGGACAGGAGAACUGAAGCUGAUCGAUUUUGGGUCUGGAGCCAUCCUCAAGGACACGGUCUACACUGACUUUGAUGGAACACGAGUAUACAGCCCUCCAGAAUGGAUUCGCUACCACAGAUACCAUGGGCGAUCGGCUACUGUAUGGUCACUGGGCGUUCUGCUCUAUGACAUGGUCUGUGGAGACAUCCCUUUUGAGCAAGAUGAGGAGAUCUUAAGAGGACGCCUGUAUUUCAGGAGGCGAAUUUCACUCGAAUGCCAACAGUUGAUCAAAUGGUGCCUUUCCCUGAGGCCUUCAGAUAGACCAACCCUUGAGCAAAUUUUUGACCACCCGUGGUUGCACAAAUCUGAAGUUGUGAAGUCAGAAGACUGUGACAUAAGGUUACGGACCAUUGGCACGGACGUGUCUCGCACAAGUUCAAGCAACGAGAGCCUGUGAAAUACUGAGGACCUUGUAAAGGGAGGGGAGCCACAAGCAGAAAAAGAGGGGGAAAAAAAAAAGACCAGAGUGCUGCUGCUGCUGCCAAUAUGUAGAAGGGGCUAGGAAAAAAAUGCAUUAAUUAUUCUGUAGUUUGAAUCUUUGUCUGAGGGAAUUGAUUUUUUUUUUUAAAUUUUCCCCUUAUUGCUGGUUUCUGCUUCAGAAUGAAAUUUCCCUUGGAAACGCUGAUAUAUGGGAGUUGGCAGGCCAGUACUUAAUCCAAAAGACUGACCUUGUUAUUAUUAUUUUUUAUUAUUAUUAAGAAAAGCAGUGACCUCUUUAAAUAACAUGGUAAACCUUUUUGCUCUCAUAGAGCCUGGACUAAAUUUUAUUUGCUUUUUUGAGUGCCUUUUUGAAAGCUGCUUCAGUGGGACUUUCUUUUUUGAGCUGUGUGUGUCCAAAGAAGAUCCAGUACAUUAUAGAAUCUUGCUUCCCUUCUCCACUCUCGGUGCUGGGGCAAGCAGCUCCCUAUGAUGCACUAGAAAACAUGUUCAGUGACUGAAUGAAGUAGUCCCAUCAACUGAUGAUGGAAUACUUGAACACAGACAUUUCGCCCUGUCCCUGGUUCUUCCCCAGCCUCCUCUCCCCCCUGCCCCCAACAAGACCACCUCUGCUGCUCCACACGAUAUUUCCAUAGGCUGCACAGGUUAUCAGCUCUUUAUCAGGAACACUCACCCAUGUUUCAUUUCAUCUCUACCACUGGGCACAAGAAAAAAGGCCCUUUCUCAGUUCCCCCAACCUGCAAGUCUUAAAAAGUAUGAAUGGGCAUGUUAAAUGCACAAUCAAUGCAAUAUUCAAGGACUGUGUGCGUGUGGGUUUUUUUUUUUUUUUCCUUUUCCCAUACUUGUAUAAUGUGUUCGUGUAAAUUUUUUCCCUAUACUAUACAAGUUUUAUUUAUUGUCUGGAGUUUAGAAGACCUCUCACAGACUCAUCUGUGGCUAUUUAUUUUAGCUAAUUUAUUUGUUUAGAAUUAUGCAACACUGCUUUUAUCUCUCUCCUUCUGUUGUGGAGAUUUCUCUGGGAUCAGUCCACAACUUAUUUUUGCAUUCCUGUCUUUUCCUCUUUUGGGGGUAGGGGUGGGUUGUUGAAAAAGAAAUAUAUAUAUAUAAAGUCUGACCAUACCUGUUUUUUUUUUCCUUCAUUUUUGGUUGGAAGAUAGAAAAUUGUUGUACAAAGUCUAAUUUAAGGGAACUAGAAUGACUUUAAAAGUUAGUAUGCCUUUUUUGUCUGGUAUUAUUGACAUACCAGAACUGUAAAGUAAUGCUGUUUUGAAGGGUUUUAAAUUAUUGACAUUGUACAGUCUUUGUGCAUUGGCUCUGGAAGGAAGAAUGGCAGAGUCAUAAACCUUAAUUUAUUUUAAUAGAUGUGUGUUCUGUGAUCUGGUUGCACUUAUGCAGCUUGGAUUUGGAUUUUUUUUUCCUUCUGUUUAACAGUGUGAAAUGUAUGGAGAUCAUAUUUUUUUAUACAGGUAUUUCAAUUAAACUUUUUUGUAGAUAA